UAUGACGCAUACAAAAAAACAAAUUCAUGCAAAUAUUCGUCAUUUACCUCAUUACCUUACCGAAAGUCUUAAAUUUGGUAAUUAAUAGCCACAACAUGACUGCGCAACCUUAUAAUUGACCUUUUUACGUUGGAGGAUUGCAACGAGAUAAUUAAUACAUUAAGUCAAUAAGAAUUACAGUAAGAUGCAGUUAGUUCCUUAUUUUUUUUUUUUCAAUUUCGUAAAAAUAUUAAUCAACUUGUUUCCCUCACUUUAGUUCUAAAAUAAAAUACAAAGACAGCGACUAACUUACCCAUUACCUCCCUUACCUCAUUUGUUUGAAAUCGCAUUCCGCCUAGUUAUAGAAGGGAAUCAGAUCAGGAGGAUAAGGUGGAUAAAGCGAUAUAACGUAACGGAGAUAUAUUUGAAGGUUCAUUAUUCAAUAUCCUGACAGCUUUGUCCUUUACAAGGUACAGAUCUGCUAUGCAGAGCGCAGGUAAGUUGAGGGCACAGGUUUGAAGGGGUCAAUGAAAGUUGUUUCGUGAAUCCAAGUAGAUUUUCUGAUGGAAGGACGGAAUCCAUUGCAAGGAUUGUAUUUCUGUUGCGAGCGAGCUUUUUAUCAGCAUUAAGCAAUCGCGUUAUCCACAGGACAGUUACAGAUCCGAUGUACGUAUUUUUAGGUCAAUUAAUGCUAUAAAUCUAACCUUUUUAGUUAUUGUUUUGCUUUAUGUAGUUCGUUCUUCAAAAUAAUAUAUCACAACUUUGAAAGUGUUGAUGGAAGGUUUUUGUAAUAAUAUCGAUCGAAGAGACAGGAGCAAAACGUGUCAGGAAAUCAAAAAUUCUAUGUUUGAAGUACCAAAAGACUGUCAGCUCGACCUUAAAGGCCAAAAAAAGGGUUUUACGUUCUUUAGAACACGUUUUUCGGAUGAAAUCCAUUGUAUGGGUUGUAUUUCUGCUGCGAGCGAGCUUUUUAUCAGCAUUAAGCAACCGCGUUAUCCACAGAAUAGUUACAGAUAUAAUGUAAGUAUCUUUGGGUCAAUUAAUGUACUAAAUGUAUUAUUUUGCACUUUUUUCUUCUGUUUUUCUCCAAUAUAAGAUAUUACAACAUGCAGUAUGUGUCAGUAACAAAUAAAAACAAAAGUUGCGACGAAAACAUCGUGCAAAAAUAUAGUUGUUUACAUAUUUAAACGAACAAACAAACAUUAUCUGUAACCUUAGAUAAUAGUCAAUGAAAACGAAAUGAAUUCAAUAACAAAAUUCAUUACGAGAUAUUUUUCGAAACAUGGAGAAGAUUAAAAUCUGGAACAAGUACUUUUGCACGUACAUCCAUUUUACGAUUUACGACUAAAUGCUUUGCUUUUGUGUCCCAUCGGUCAAUAAUAAGGGGUAUUUAGCUUAAAAAAAACACAUGCUUCCGACUUAUUAUUACCUGAGGUUACAUGUUUUAUUAUUAACAACAAUUGCCGUUUGAAAACCUUUGCUAAGGCCACAAAACAAGAAGUUGGACUGAAGAAAUUUUUAUUGUACCGAUGAAUUCAAGUUUGAGCUAUUCGGUUCAAAACUAAGAAUUUAUUUUCGACCUAGUGCCCAAGAAAAGAUGAUGCCAACGAACAAUUAUAGUCUGGGGUGGUUUUUCUAACCAUGGAAUUGGCGAUUUGACCAAAAUUGAUUGAAUUAUGAGACUAAAUUUUCGGAACAAAAUGUCGUUUCUUUUGGUUCGCGAUUAAUUGGAGAAGGAUCCAUUUUCCAAAUGGACAGUGAUCAUAAACAUAUUUCCAAAUUCUGUAGAGGACAUUUGGAAAAGAAAGGGUUACAGGGAGUGUUAAUAAACAAGGUUUGACCGCCGCUAUCAACUGUUGAUAUUUCCUUACGUUUAUUGAUUAUCAAAAAGUGUUUUAUUGGAUUAUUUAACAGUUUAAUUGAAAUGAUCUGCAUGGUAUAUUAAAAUUAAUGCAUGAAAGAGACGUGAGGUGAUUUUCCUGAAGAUAAAUGGACGUUAAAAGAAAUUAAAGAUAAUAAUUGGUGUUUUUCUUCAAUAAUUAGCCACGUAACAAAAUUAAAUACAGGAAACGGUCCAUCCUUUCAUGUAUUUUUUAUUUUCUGCUAAACAACUUGAAUGACCCUACGUAAAAUGCUAUCUAGGUUGGUCUUCAAUUCUCGAUGUUAUUAUAUUUGAUUUGCCCGAUCUAGUUUAUUUUAAUGUUGACGUUCAAUCCGCACGCGUACUCAACCUCUUAUUGAAAAUGAAUGGGGCGAUUAUUUGCGUUGUGGUUUUUUUCGUUGUCAGUGCCGUUGGAGGUUACUAUUUUCAGGAAAAUCGACCGAAAUAUCUGACUGCUGCCGUGGGUGAUCAUGUAGUUUUUAAUUGUGAAAUUGAUUUUCCGCAGAAUUUUCCGAUACCGUAUAAACUGUUUUGGAAAAGGAAGGGAGAAGUUAUUUAUUCCUGGUACGACGGACGAAUAACGGAAGCCGACGAUUAUGUCGGUAGAAUAACAUUGAUAACGAAAAUACCUCACCCCAUUUACGGUAUGGGUUCCAUUAAUUUAACAUCAAUCAGAGAAUCCGACGCCGGAUGGUUCGAAUGCCGAACUCUGUUCCCUAAUAGAACACCACCGUGGAGAAACAACGGCACGUGGUUCCAUCUCACUGUUAGCGGUGGAAAUUUAUUAGCUAUUCCUCCUCUUAACAAGACCGUUUUGGAAGGAGCCGAAGUAGAAUUUACAUGUCUUACCAAAGAUUACGAGAUUAAAGUGAAAUGGUUUAAAGACGGUAUCGAAUUAUCGGAAUACCACGAUUUGUUAACUAGAUCUUGGGUAACUAAAGAUAAUACGUUGGUUAUACGUCCGACUGAUUCUGGGGAUACUGGAGAAUACGAAUGUGAAGCUUCUAAUUACGAAGGCGAACGACAAACUGCUAGAGCCUACCUCAAUGUACAAUAUAAAGCGAAAGUAGUAUACGCCCCACCGGAAAUUCACUUACCAUUUGGCCGUCCAGCUAUACUCGACUGCAAUUACCGAUCCAAUCCACCUUUGACUAACCUCCGAUGGGAUAAAGACGGUUUCCUUUUCGAUCCUUAUAAUAUACAAGGUGUUUUUUAUAGACGCAACGGAAGCUUAUACAUAAGUAAAGUUGACGAAACUCACAAUGGUGUUUAUACUUGCACACCUUAUAACGAUUUAGGCACAGCUGGACCUUCAACGAAUAUGCACGUUAUCGUACAAAAACCUCCAGUUUUCGUCACAACACCUCAUAAUUUAUAUUUGAGGAAAUUAGGGGAAACAGUGGAAAUGACUUGUGACGCUAGAGAUGGUGAAGAUGGUCAUAAACCUAUUAUUGUUUGGUACAAGAAAGACGGUACAACUUUACCAGUAGGUCGAUACUUUAUCAAAGACGGAAACUUGACAAUUAUGGAUAUUCAAACGAAAGAUAGAGGUAUUUAUCAAUGUUCUGCGACGAAUAAAGCGGCUACAAUCACUGUAGAAACCGAGUUAUUAGUAGAAAAUGUUCCUUCCAGUGCUCCAUACAAUCUAUCGGCAGUAUCGUCGGCUACAACAGUACAUUUAACAUGGCUAGUCAAUCGGCAACGAAUCAAUGUCGAUUUUAGUGUUUGGUACAAAGAAAAAGAUACUAACGAAUGGAAAACUUACUCUGUAACUAAUACACAAAAUAUGGAAGCUACUAUAACGAAUUUGAAUCCAGGGAAGGCUUAUGAAUUUAUGGUAAUGUGUAAAGACGACAACGAAGAUGGAUUUUUCAGUAAAUCAAUAACCGUUUGGACAAAAGAGCUGGAAGGUGAACCAGAAGCUAGAUUUAUUUCAAAAUUUCCCCCGGUGGGUUAUCCUCGAAAUGUGACUGUUCAUCCUACAGAAGGGGGUUUAUUAGUAUCUUGGCAGAAACCUGAAUAUGGUCUGGAAUUUUUGAAAUGGUACAUCGUCAGAUGGACCAAAGGAAGUGAUGAUUAUUUCUUUGGAUCUGCUGAUACAAUCAAUACAUCGUAUUUGAUAACAAAUCUAUCAGAAGGCACGGAAUAUGACAUACAAGUAGUCGCUUUAUCUAUAGAUGAUCAACAAUCGGUUAGUGACAAAGUCAAAGCGAUACUUCCAGGAUUCAAAAGUUUAAGGGCAAUAGCGACAGGCAUCGUAGCUGGUUUAGGAUUCUUAGCUGUAGCUUUUGUAGCCGUUUAUUACAUCAAAAAGAAAUGGUUCAAUUCGAACCCACAUAUUACCGUCAAAACUUAAUAUUUUUGUCGUUAUUUGUACCGGGUGUCCCAAAUUUGAAGAAUAUCAAUAAGAUUUCAAAAACUGAACAUGAGACGUAUUUUUUUAUGUAUACUUCAGCGUUUACAAGGCUGGGUCGAUUAGUUUGUAGUAUCUACAAUUUUUUAUCCUUCUUCAGGUUUGGAAACAAAAAAAUAGUCACUAAGGGUUAAAUCCGGAGAGUAGGGUGGAUUAAAAAACAACUCGUAGCUCAAUUAUUAUUUGAAAAGCCUGAUGGUGCUAACUUUUUACUAAGCCGAGCAUAUUGUUUUUCAUUUAUUAAAUUCCUCACAUAUUUCCGCACAUUUCCAUAAUUCAACAAGCUAUCGAGGAAUUUCAGCAUGAAGAUGAUUGAAACGUAGUGACGUUGAAUGGCCUGAUGUCAUUAUCUCUGAAAGGUUUCAUAUUCUCGAAUUUGAGAUACCCCUUACAUAUUUUAAAUAAAAUUUAGAUAAUUUCACCUUUAUUGUUAUAUUUUUAUUAAAUGAUUUUUAUUUAA